AUGUUACAAACACAUGAGAUGAUAGAGGAAGAAUGGUUUACAAAUGUACACGAUUUGAGAGAAAAAUGGUGUCCUGCCCUAAGCAAAGAUUUAUUUUCUGCUGGAAUUUUGUCUUUACAACGAAGUGAAAGCAAAAAUCACGCCAUUGGCUUUAGAGCAAACAGAACAACAAGUUUAACCGACUUCUAUAGAUUAUUAAAAGGAACAAUGCAGCGUUGGAAAAGUACCGAAAAGGAAGUUGAAUUCUCUUAUAAUAAAUCAGUUGCAUCCUCGUCUUUACCACUAUCUAGAUUGCUAAAACAUGCAUCAAAAGUUUACACGCUGUCACUUUUUAGAGACUUUGAAGAGGAAUUUGGCUACUCGAUUGCAACAACAUCGAAAUUGAUUUGGACACAAUUCAAGUUUACUACUACUAAUGCAGGUAAUACUCAGUUCUAUGUCGUGUCCAUUGACGAAGAACCUUGGUCUGCACAGAGAGUAACCUACAUCCACGAGAGCAAGACAGUGUCAUGUACAUGUAAAAAAUUUGAAGCUUCUGGAUGGUUGUGUUACCACUGCAUUAGGAUAUUGCACCUUCAUUCAGUAAACUGGAGUCCAAAAAAAUGCAUAAAAAAGAGGUGGAAAAAAUCUGACAAGUCAUCGAUUUGGAACAAAUUAGAAAAUGAAAACCCGGAAGAGGUUCAGUACACACCUUGGUGCCAAACCAUGGCUAGAAAAUACUACAACCUUAUCUUGAAAAGCCAGUCAAAUGAGGAGACGAUAACCCUUAUGGAGGAUGGUUAUGCCGCUAGUGUGUCUCUAGUUGAUGAACUUCUAGUGUCAUUGAAUUUUUCGAAUGUUGAAGAUGCUUAA